GCAAGAGCGCGGGGAAGUUUGACAGGCUGCUACAACAAAGUAUCGUCGGUUUGGACUUUUCCUACACAUUGCAAAAACGUUUGAACCCGGGGCAAAAAUGAGAAAGUUAGAGGAGGUACAGGCCACUCUGGAGAUAGCCAAGCUGAAGGAGGAGGAUUUACAGAAAACUAUCCACUGCCUGUCGUUUGGAGAAAACGUGUCCUCCUCAGAUUACUGUCUAAUGGAGCUGGACGACACUCUGUGCAAACAUAUCGAGGCUGGCCACAGUCUCAUAAUUCGUGGGGAUAAAGAUGAGCGUGCUGUACUUUGUACUGAAGACAAAACCUAUGAUCUAAAAAUGGCUGAUACAUCCAACCUGCUCUUGUUUGUUCCUGGAUGCAAAACGGCAGAUCAACUAACAGACACUCAGGAAAGCUCCCAUUUGGUGCAUGCUCAGAUCUGGGGAUUUUGCAACAGCUACUGGGAGUUGAGGAAACAGAGGCCUAAACUGAAGAAACUGAAGAGGCUGCUCAUGGAGAAUCCUUAUGAAGGACCUGCAUUCACAGGGCAGGAGGAGAAGACAGAGAACAGGUAUACAAUGCAGGAUCUGCUGGAGCGCAUACAGGCCAGUGAAGAGGAAAUAAAGACCCACUUGGAGACUAUUCACGCCUGUCAGAUCGAUGGAUACUGGCGUGUGUUGGACUUUGACUAUGAGAUGAAGCUGUUUGGUCAUGUGGCUCAGCUGGUCGACUCGGAGUCCUGGUCCUUCCACAAGGUUCCCCUGAAGACAAGUCUGGAGGAGUUGAGCCCUCUGGAGCCCCGAGAGAUGAUUGAACACUGUUUGAACUGCUAUGGGAGGCGUUACACUGAAAAUGACGAGGUGUUCUACGCAUUGUCUGAGGAUAAAGUGUGUCGGGGCAUGGCGCUAAUGCUGCUGCAGAACGCUGUCAAGUUCAACCUGACGGAGUUUCAGGAGGUCUGGCAGCAGAGCGUCCCUGAGGGCAUGAGCACACGUCUGGACCAGCUAAAGGGCGUCGCCCUGGUGGACCGCACCUCCCGUCCUGAGACCAUCUGCCUGCUUCGUGUGGAGGACCUUCCCGAGGACACGCUGGAGCGCUUCAACUACCUCUUCACACUCAGAGAGAAAUGGACCGAAGACGACAUCACACCGUACAUUCAGGACCUGUGUGGUGAGAAACAGACCACCGGAGCCCUCCUCACCAAAUACGCUCGAUCAUCGAUGCAAAAUGGGAUUAAGGUUUUCAAUUCCAGGCGUCCUGUCGCGACAUGAACAUACAGGAUGAAUAUAAAUACAGACAUAUGAGGUUAUGGGUUUUUUGUAUCCUUUGUGUGCAUGUUUCAGUAGAACCACAGUUCAGAUCAGUUCUUAAACAAUGCCUGCUGGCAUUGAAGAUUUUUAAUAAUGGAGAACAACAAAAAAAAAUCCAAACCAUUUGAAAUCCUGGUCAUAAA